CCACCAACAAAAAGCUCAAAACUUCUUCCUUUUUUUUUUCCUUUUAAAUUUUAUUUAUUUCUUUAUUUUUUUGUUGGUUUCAAUGGGCAACGGCGCAGGAAAGAUCGGUCGUUGUUUCGCCGACGUCGGAGAAAUCUCUCUCCGGCACGACAUCGCAGUCGUUAUCUCAAACCCGCUCGACGAAGGCCAUGGCCGCUCCUUCUGCUAUAUCAGACCCGACCCGUCUCCUCUCUCGGCAUCCAAAAUCCAAAACGACGGCAAUAACAGCGUCAACAACCCGAAAACGACGACGUUCAGAGCUAUCUCCGGCGCCUACGUGAGCGCCAACACCUUCACACCCCUCUCCACAUCUCUCAUUGAUAUGUAUCCGGACACCUCUGGUAAUUUCGACAAAGCCGCUUCGUUCGAGAGCUCCACUCUCUUCGCUUCGAUUCCUCUCCAACCGGUGCCACGUCUCUCGUUCCAUGGAGCUCCCGUGUCGGGUCCAAUUGAGCGGGGCUUCAUGUCGGGUCCGAUAGAGCGUGGCUUUGCUUCCGGUCCGAUUGAUCGUGGGUUGUAUUCGGGUCCGAUUGAAAAGAAGUCACGUGAUGAUGAAGAUGAAGAUGGUAGUGAUGAUGAUGAUGGUGAUAAGCUGGAGAAGAGCUUUUCUCGGGGUGAAUUCAAGGUUUCGGAUAAACCCGAAAAACAGAGCUUCGUGAAAUUUCUUAAGAGAGCGAUUUCGAGUAGUAUAUCUCGUGGUCGUGGGAACAACAAGUCCAUUGUAGCUCCGAUAAAAGGAGUUAUUUCUGUAAAAGAAUCGGAUUCUGAGAAGACUGUUGAGAAUAAUGUAGCUGUGAGCAGUACUAAUUUGAUCAGCCAUGUGAGCUCGAAUGGUGAUGAAGAUAAUACUAAUAACGAUGAUUCGCUAAAGAGUCAGAAUAAUCUUCAAUGGGCGCAAGGGAAAGCGGGUGAGGAUCGAGUCCAUAUUGUGAUAUCUGAGGAACAUGGUUGGGUUUUCGUGGGAAUCUAUGACGGUUUUAACGGUCCUGAUGCUCCUGAUUUUCUACUUUCUAAUCUCUACCCUGCUGUACAUAAGGAACUCAAGGGUUUAUUAUGGAAUGAAAAGUUUGAAUCUUCAGCCAACUCGGAUUCAAACUCAUCGAAUUCGGAAGAAACUGAACAACCCCAGAUGAAAACUCAGGUGUUUGAUAAGGAAAACACAGAUUCAGAAACUAAUUUGGACAUAAAAAAGCAAGGAAAGAGUCAGAGAAGGUGGAAAGGGGAAUGGAACAGGGAAAGACUAGAGCUUGAUAAGAAAUUGAAAGAGAAUUUCAAUCGUCCCGGAUCGAAAAAAACAGAAAAUGUUCUGAGAGCACUUUCAGAGGCUUUGAGAAACACAGAAGAUGCAUAUUUGGACAUAGCAGAUAAGAUGGUUAUGGAGAAUCCAGAGUUGGCUUUGAUGGGUUCUUGUGUAUUGGUUAUGUUGAUGAAAGGAGAAGAUGUUUACUUGAUGAAUGUUGGUGAUAGUCGAGCGGUUUUGGCUCAAAAGGUUAUGGAGAAUAAUCCCAUUAAUGAAUUUGAAUUGUCUAAUUUAACUUCUUUACAGCUGACCAUGGAUCAUAGCACAUAUAUGAAAGAGGAAGUGGAAAGAAUUAAGAAUGAACAUCCUGAUGAUGCUUCUGCAGUGAUGAAUGAGAGAGUCAAAGGGUAUUUGAAGGUCACUCGAGCUUUCGGCGCCGGCUUUCUCAAACAGCCAAAGUGGAAUGAUGCGUUGCUCGAGAUGUUCAGAAUAAACUACGUUGGAAGUUGUCCAUACAUAACAUGUUUACCCUCAGUUUAUCACCACAGACUGAGCUCAAGAGACAGAUUUUUGAUACUGUCUUCUGAUGGAUUAUACCAAUACUUCACCAAUGAAGAGGCAGUCUCUGAAGUUGAACUUUUCAUUGCUUCGUUUCCUGAGGGAGAUCCUGCUCAGCAUUUGGUUCAAGAAGUCUUGUUUAGAGCAGCAAGGAAGGCUGGAAUGGACUUUCACGAGUUGCUCGAUAUCCCACAAGGGGAACGCCGACGUUACCACGACGACGUUUCCAUCAUUGUUAUUUCUUUGGAGGGAAGAAUAUGGCGUUCGUCUGUGUAAAUACAAAAAUAUAGUAAAGAUACAAAGAAAGGCUGAACAUUUUUUUUGCUAGUUCAUCUCAUACUUCCUCCUUAUUUUUUUUGGGAAGUGCUAGCAUUAUUAACUUUAAUUACCGGUGUAAAGAAAAGAUAGCAUCGUUCUCUUUUUACUCACAUGCUUAUUGUUUUAUUGUUUUACACAUGAAUUUUUUACUAAAAAUUUCUCACAAUUCUAAUAAAACACUGAUAGAAAUGGGCAUUUUCUCAA